CUACUAUAUAAUAAAAAAAAGAAAACAAAAAUCCUCCUUUCUUCUCUCAAAUCAAACCUAUCAAUCAACAAUGGCAGCAGCAGCGGCAAGACCUUUAGUUUCGAUCCAGAACUUGGAUGGAGACAUGUCUACCGAUGGAGGAAACACACUUCCAUUACCAGAUGUAAUGAAAGCAUCAAUCCGUCCAGAUAUCGUCAAGUUUGUUCAUGCCAACAUGUCGAAAAACAGUCGUCAACCAUACGCAGUUAGUCGCAAAGCAGGUCAUCAAACAUCAGCUCAAUCAUGGGGAACUGGUCGUGCUGUUUCUCGUAUUCCUCGUGUACCUGGUGGUGGUACUCAUCGUGCUGGUCAAGGAGCUUUUGGUAACAUGUGUAGAGGCGGUAGGAUGUUUGCUCCUACACGAAUCUGGAGAAGAUGGCAUCGUAAGAUCAAUGUUAAUCAGAAGAGGUAUGCUAUUGUUUCAGCUUUGUCUGCUUCUGCUGUUCCUUCAAUCGUUUUAGCUCGUGGUCACACUAUUGAAGGUGUACCUGAACUGCCUUUAGUUGUUAAUGAUUCCAUCGAAGGUGUUGAAAAAACUAAUGCUGCUAUUAAGGUUUUGAAACAACUUGGUGCUUAUGCUGAUGCUGAAAAGGUUAAGGACAGUGAGAAGAUCAGACCAGGUAAAGGUAAAAUGAGGAACCGACGUUAUGUUUCUAAGAAAGGUCCUUUGAUUGUUUAUGGUACUCAAGGAACCAAGAUCGCAAAAGCAUUUAGAAACAUUCCUGGUGUUGAGCUUGCUAAUGUGGAGAGACUUAACUUGCUGAAACUUGCACCUGGUGGUCAUCUUGGUAGGUUUAUUAUUUGGACUAAAUCAGCAUUUGAGAAAUUGGAUUCGAUCUAUGGGUCUUUUGAGAAAUCUAGUCAGAAGAAGAAAGGAUAUGUUUUACCUAGAUCAAAGAUGGUUAAUGCUGAUCUUGCUAGAAUUAUUAACUCUGAUGAAGUCCAGUCCGUUGUUAGACCUAUUAAGAAGGAUUCAAAGAGAGCACCAAUGAAGAAGAAUCCUUUGAAGAAUUUGAACACUCUUUUGAGAUUGAAUCCGUAUGCUAAGACUGCUAGGAGGAUGGCUCUUCUUGCUGAAGCUCAACGUGUUAAAGCUAAGAAGGAGAAGCUUGAGAAAAAGAGGACCAACAUUUCCAAGGAGGAAUCUGCUGCAAUCAGGGCUGCAGGAAAGGCGUGGUACCAAACUAUGAUCUCAGACAGUGAUUACACCGAAUUUGAUGUUUUCCAGAAGUGGCUUGGAGUGUCUCAGUGAUUCUCUUGCAGUUUCAUGAUUCAAUCAGGGCUGCAGGAAAGGUGUAGGUACCAAACUAUGAUCUCAGACAGUGAUUACACCGAAUUUGAUGUUUUCCAGAAGUGGCUUGGAGUGUCUCAGUGAUUCUCUUGCAGUUUCAUGAUUCUUGGAUAAGGGGAUAUUCCUGAACACUUGCAUUUCCUGUUGAACUAAUUUUGUUUUAUUUUUAACUGGUAUUGUAUCAAGUGAAAGAGAAUCUAACUUCUCUGCGCUUAAGCUAGCUAAGGAUGGGUCUAAUACUUCAAUUUAGACCAGAGGGGUUUCCUAAUACUUCAAUUUAGAUUUAGUCAGUGAUUUCUUCUGGAUAAAAAGUCUUCUUCAGAUUUGUUGAAGGAAGAACUGGUUUUAUGUUCUGUUUUUAUAUCUGUGAUUAUUGAUGGAGUUUUGUUUGAUCGAGCA